CCGCAAAGGCCUGUGGGAGCGACCGGGGAGAAGGAGGGCCAAGAUGGCGGAAGCGGCGGAGUCUCCAGGAGACCCGGUGACAGCAUCGUCCAGGCCCCUGUUUGCAGGCCUUUCAGAUAUAUCCAUCUCACAAGACAUCCCCGUGGAAGGAGAAAUCACCAUUCCUAUGAGAUCUCGCAUUCGGGAAUUUGACAGUUCCACAUUAAAUGAAUCUGUUCAGAAUACCAUGAUGCGUGAUCUAAAAGCUGUUGGGAAAAAAUUCAUGCAUGUUUUAUACCCAAGGAAAAGUAAUACUCUUUUGAGAGAUUGGGAUUUAUGGGGCCCUUUGAUCCUUUGUGUGACACUUGCAUUAAUGCUUCAAAGAGGCUCUGUAGAUAGCGAAAAAGAUGGAGGGCCCCAGUUUGCAGAAGUGUUUGUCAUUGUCUGGUUUGGUGCAGUUACCAUCACCCUCAACUCAAAACUUCUUGGAGGAAACAUAUCUUUUUUUCAGAGCCUCUGUGUGCUGGGUUACUGUAUACUUCCCUUGACAGUGGCAAUGCUGGUUUGCCGGCUGGUACUUUUGGCCGAGCCAGGACCAAUAAACUUCAUGGUCCGGCUUUUUGUGGUGAUCGUGAUGUUUGCCUGGUCUAUCGUAGCCUCUACAGCUUUUCUUGCUGACAGCCAGCCUCCAAAUCGCAAAGCCCUUGCCGUUUAUCCUGUUUUCUUGUUCUAUUUUGUUAUCAGUUGGAUGAUUCUCACCUUCACUCCUUAGUAAAUCAGAGAGUGGAAAUUAAAAACCCGUGAAUUGAAGGCUCAUCUGAAAAAUGCAAUGGAGCUUUGCCUCUGGCCCUCUUUUGUCUAGUUUUGGAAGUAUUUGGUAACUGGGUAUCUGAGGAGAUUAAAAGGGAGCCAUAAAGCACCGUUGCCACUUAUGUAAGGAACUGAUGUUUGAAAGGUUGUUCUUCUCCUCUUAAUGUUAUUUCUUUAAGAUACAUGUGCAUAGUACACACAGUAUAAUGCCUUCUUAAGGCAUGAUGGAGUCACCAUGGUCCAUUUGGGUGACAACCAAUGACUCGAAAGCACAUGGAUACAUCCUAUAAGUUGAAUAGAGUUGGUAGCUAUAUUUUCAGUUUUGAGAAUACCAGUUCAGGUGCAGCUCUUAAACACAUUGCCUUAUGACUGUUAGAAUAUGCCUCUCUUAUGAAUAAGAAUGGAUAAUCUGUAUCCAUUUUCUUUUAUUACUCUCUUCAGCUUAAAAAGGCAAUGACAGAGGUUGGGAGUGGGAUUCAUAGAUGUGAGAGGAGAAAACAUGCAUUAACCAAUAUUCAGAUUUUGAUCAGAGAAAGUUCUGCACUUGUUGCUUUAAAAAGAAGCAAAGGACAUCUAAAGAAUCAGCUUCUUGAGUCUUUCUGUGUAGUCACCUUUCUGCCAUGCCUAACAGCACCUCAGUGACACUUUAGUUUUUAAUCUUACUCUCCAGCUCUGAAUAUGCAGGCUAAGGUGUUAGUAGUCAAUAUGUCGUUUUCCUUUGACUGAAGCUCUCAGUGGGCCAACGCUUGAACUUAUCCAAGUAGAAGACCUCAGAAAUUUAGAUCGGUAGGUCCCUAAUUCAUAUUAUCAUGUGGGCACCUUCUCUUAAGGGUAGAACGAGGCAAUUUAGAUACAGCAUAGCUAUAAGGAAUUCUUUGUUAUUCUGUGUUGUAGCCUGGCUUUUAAUUAGAGAGUAAAGCUAAAUCAGAAGCCUGCAUUUAGCCUUCAUGUGAACAUGGAGGGAUUUAAUGUUCUGAUGGCUGAUUCACAGAACUAGACACAUGACGUAAGAUAAGUUGGGUUUACAGCUGCUGCCUUUUCAUAGUGGGCUUAGCGGUUUUUUCCAUGAGAUGUGUUUUUGGGUUGGGGAAUAGCAAUUUAUUUUCUUGAUUUUAGACUUUAUUUGUAAAGCUAAUUAGCUUUCCUUUAGACAAGUACUUUUUUUGCACAUGUGCAACCUACUUGUAUUCUCACCUAUUUAUGCACACAAGUGUGAAGACUUUUCAGGGAGCAGAGUAUCUGAGACAGGCUGAUUCUGAGCUAAACAGGGCUCCUUUAAGGUAAUAUGAGCUGCUGCCUUCUAUAAAUUACACAUUGGAAGAACUCUUAAUAGACAAAGAUUAGGAGUCAGGCAGAAAACAUUCAUUGUAAAUAUACAGUUACCUAUAAAGAUAGGAAUUUCUUUUUUGUGUGUGUGUGAGGAAGAUUAGCCCUGAGCUAACAUCCAUUGCCAAUCCUCCUCUUUUUGCUGAGGAAGAUUGGCCGUGGGCUAACAUCUGUGCCCAUCUUCCUCUGCUUUAUAUGGGACGCUGCCACAGCAUGGCUUGACAAGCAGUGCGUCAGUCCGUGCCCGGGAUCCGAACCUGAGAACCCCGGGCUGCCGAAGCGGAGCGCGUGAACCUAACUGCUACGCCACUGGGCUGGCCCAAGAUAGGAAUUUCUUAUUCCACAUUUUUUCUUUAUCAUAAAAUUUAAAUAUUUAUUCAUUUCUGUAUUUAAAGACUACCUACACAUAGAUAUAUAAUUUUAAAAACAUAUUUUCUUCAUAUCCAGAUUAACUAAGUGAACAAUACUAGGACCAAUUGGUUCUUGGAAUGAUGCUCGAUUACAAAUCAUUACAAAGUUGGUCCUCUCUGUCCCAACCUUGUCCAAAGUUUUUGGUUAUAUUUUUGUAUUUAUUUCAAUUUCCCUUUAAGAUUUUAAAAUAAACCCUAUGAAGUCAAAGCCAAUGUUUCAGUCUUGAAUUGGUAAAGAAAAUAUUUUGAAACUGGUUCUAAUUUUGAAAUUGGUCCUAAAUUAUCAUCCAUUUCCAUUGUCUGAAAUUUUCUAACUUCCCACUAGAAAUAUCUCUGUUCCAAAGUUGUUUCAUAAUCUGUCCCAAUGAUUAUAAUUUAAAAUUAAAGAAAUAAUUAUGCUUCUCAAAAGGGAAUUAAGUCUUUACCGAAUUU